CUUGCUCUGUGGUUUUGGAUUGUGUUGUGUAGUUUUUUUAUGUUUAUAGAUCGAUAAUAAAAUAUGAAUUAUAAAUUAUGUACCUCAUAAUAAUGUAAUAUUACCCCCUUUACUACAUAUUUAAAUUGACAACAAGAUGGCACAAAAUAAAUAUUACAAAGUUUAUAUUGCUGAUGGUUUUAAAGAAGAUUGCGAAGAGUUGAUACAAAGAUGUUCACAGUUGGACACUUUGAAUUUUUACACUUUCAGCGAAGUCUGGAAAGAUAUGAACUUUGCUUGUAUUUAUCAGGGAAGACAGUCUGGUGCAGAAAUAGCUGAAUUAUCAGAAGAGUUGGUUCAUAUUGGAAAGCAAUUUAUGUUGGCAAAUACUAGCAAUUUUAAGGAAAUCAAAGCUGGCAUCUACCUAGUCUAUGGCUUACUAACACAACAGCCAUACACCGACUUUGCUUGGCUCCGUUUAACACCAGAUGAUGUUAGUACCGUAAAACGUAUUGAGACAGUGGCGCGACGGGAAAAACAGUUUGAUGUGGUGUAUAUAUUGGGCGAUAUUUUGAUUAAACGUACACAUUAUCAUGCGACGGAGAGAGAGAGGGGCUUUGAAAGUACAUUAAGAAAAUAUAUUGAUGGGUGCACAAGUUUGGACAAGAAUGGUCACCGACCAAAAGGCAUAUUCUACCAGCAGAAUGACGAAUUGGACAUGAUCAAGGAAUUGGGAAUUAUAUCGCGGAGGUACGCGCAAGUCAGGAAUACAGUCACUGCUAUGAAAAAAGAUGGGCCCCGUAUAAAAUAUAUAAAUGAAAACCUAGCUGCAGAACUGCAUCAUUCCCUGAAGAAUGUCAUGAAUGGAUUUGAUGAUGAGGAAAGAGAUACAUAUGAUCACUAUGAUGCGGUACAAUCGAUAAAACAAAGGGCCAUGGUGAUGAGUGUAAAUCCAAUGGCGCAUCUCACAUCAGCUGCAGAGAGGAAAACAAAGACUAGCCCUCAAAAUAAGAGCGACAUUAAAUCUAAGCCGGGAAAAAUUAAAACAUGCAGUCCAUCCAAAGCUAUAACAUCUUCAUCAUUGAAACGCAAAAUAACAGACGUGUUCGAAACCAAACCGAGAAAAGCGAUACGGUUCUUUAUGGAAGCUCACAAUGCGCCAGUGGAAUUAGAUAUAAAUUCAUUUAGUAAGGAUACAAGAAUACAGAGUGAUUCAGAUAGGGAUAGUUUAAGCGAUUUCCAUGAUGAUGAUGAUGAUGGUCUGGCUUCUGACAAAGAUAUGUUUGAUAUAGAAACUAAAGCUUCAGAUAGUAAGUUAAAUGUACAUAGAGACACAUUCCCCGCUAUCGUGCAUACAAAUGUAGGUGAACAGAAACAUUGUGAAAUAGAAAUACUUGAUUAUGCAGCGAACGAUCAAAUUCCCGUUGAAAAAGCCAUAUCAAAUAUGCUCCAAGCGUCAGGCAGUUUGGAAUCUAAUGAAGAAGAUAUCAAAGUCAAUGUCAAGAGAAAAGCUAAAAUUAAGAAGAAACAACCCAAUCUUAAAUUAAGAAAAUAAUCAUUGAGAAUACCAUUAGCAUUAAUUGUAAUAAAUAAAUAAGUAAGUAAUAUUUAUAAAUAAAAGAUAAAAUUAAA